AUGACCACCACUGUCACCAUCACUGUCACAUCCACCAUCAUCACCACCAUCACUGUCAUCACCAAAAUGCUCCUUCCACUGUUACCACCACCAGGUCUCAGUGUCCUGCUAGCUCUGUCAGGAUUGGAAGCGGAGAGUUCUAGAGCUUCCUGUCCCCCAUGCCCUGAAAAUGCCAGCUGCUUCAACAGCACCUACUGUGUUUGUAAAGAUGGGUAUCAGUCCAUGUCUGGGAGGAGGUACUUCAAUGAACCUUAUGAGAAAUGUGAAGACAUCAAUGAGUGUGAGACUGGGCUGGCAAAAUGCAAGGAGGUAUCAUAUUGCAGAAAUGAAAUCGGAAGUUACUACUGCAGCUGUGUCCCAAAUUUUCAUUUUGUCAACUGGUUGGCUAAAUUUUUAAAGUUGAAUCAUUCAGAUUGUUAUGAGGGCACUGGUGAGAAGACACAAUCAUCAAAGAGUAUUUGGACAAUUCCAAACAACAAUGAAAGCAAAGAGUACAUUGCCAAAAAGGCUACCGAACUACUUCAAAUCGUAGAAUUGACCAUAUGGAAUGAGAGUGUUGCUUCUUCAGGAAAGCAUGAAAAUUCCGUUUUUGAUAUAGUCUAUGAAACCAAGAGGUGCAAUGAGACAAGUGAGAAGGCUGUUCUGGAAGCUGGAAAUAACACAAUGGAUAUGCACUGCACUGAUGUUUUCAAAGGGACCACAAGAGAGAGUACAGUUGCACUUAUCACUUACCAGUCUCUUGGAAAUAUUCUGAAUGGAUCCUUUUUCAAUGAUAGAAGAGGAACACUGGACAUAAAAUUGAACUCUCGUGUUGUGAGUGGCACCAUUGGUGUUAAGGAAAAAGUUUAUCUGUCUAAACCUGUGUUCCUGACCUUCAAACAUACUCAGCCUGGUGGUGUGAGAACAAAAUAUUUGUGUGUGUACUGGGAAGGAUCAGAGGAGGGAGGCAGCUGGUCGACGGAGGGCUGCACUCAUGUGAGCAGCAAUGAUUCUUACACCGAAUGCAAGUGCUUUCACCUGUCCAGCUUUGCUGUCCUCAUGGCUCUUGCUCCUAAGGCGGAUCCCACUCUGGCUGUGAUCACCUACGUGGGACUGAGCCUCUCUCUGCUGUGUCUCCUCCUGGCAGCCGUCACCUUCCUCGGGUGCCGACCCAUCCAGAACACCAGCACCUCCCUCCACCUGCAGCUCUGCAUCUGCCUCUUCCUGGCCCACCUGCUCUUCCUCACUGGGAUUGAUCAAACUGAGCCCGAGGUACUGUGCUCCAUCAUCGCAGGCAUAUUGCAUUACCUCUACUUGGCCUCCUUUACCUGGAUGCUCCUCGAAGGGCUGCACCUCUACCUCACUGUCAGGAACCUCAAGGUGGCCAACUACACCAGCGCAGGCAGAUUCAAGAAGAGGUUCAUGUACCCGUUAGGCUAUGGGAUUCCAGCUCUGAUUGUGGCUGUGUCUGCAAUAGUAGGACACAAAAAUUAUGGAACAUACACUCACUGCUGGCUCAAGCUUGAUAAAGGGUUCAUCUGGGCCUUCAUGGGGCCAGUGGCCAUCGUUGUCUUGAUAAACGUGGUGUUCUACUUCCAAGUUCUGUGGAUUUUGAGAAGCAAACUUUCCUCCCUCAAUAAAGAAGUUUCCACUAUUCAGGACACCAGAGUCAUGACAUUUAAAGCCAUUGCUCAGCUGUUUAUCCUGGGCUGUUCUUGGGGCCUUGGUUUUUUAAUGGUUGAUGAAGUUGGGAAGACAAUCGGAUUAGUCAUUGCCUACAUGUUUACCAUCAUCAAUGUCCUGCAGGGGUUUUUGCUCUUUGUGGUACACUGUCUGCUUAAUCGCCAGGUGCGAAUGGAAUACAAGAAAUGGUUUAGUGGGAUGCAGAAAGGGGUUGAAACCGAACACACUGAGGUCUCUCCCUCUUCUAUCCACACCAGAAUGCUGUGUUGGCUCCUUUUCAGUUCNUUCAUUAUUACUACCAUCGUCCUCAUAAUCACCAUCUUCAUCACCGCCUUCAUUAUUGUCAUCAUUACCCUCCUCCUCAUCAUUGCCAUCAUCACAGCCAUCAUCACCUUUAUCACCAUCACCAUCAUGACUUUCAUUAUCAUGACAGUCAUAUAUAGAGUCCUUAUGGCCAUCGUGGAGGAGCAGAUGGUCUUGCAGCUGGUGGCCAAUGUCCUCAUCAGCCCGUACGGCAUGAUGGCUGUGCAGGCUCGGGCUAGCUGCUUCGUUCUGUUGGCCAAGAUCUUCUGCACGGAAGCUUAUUCCCAGAAUCUCUCCACCUUAUCUCAGCUGAACAAGUGUGAGUAG